AUGGUGCAGAAGUAUCAAUCCCCCGUACGGGUGUAUAAACACCCUUUUGAGUUAAUUAUGGCUGCAUAUGAAAGAAGGUUCCCUACGUGUCCUCUGAUCCCUAUGUUUGUAGCCAGUGACACUGUAAACGAAUACAAGAGCGAGGAUGAAGCUAUCCAUGUGAUUGAACGGCGCUGUAAGCUGGAUAUAGAUGCACCACGGCUAUUGAAAAAGAUUGCAGGAGUGGAUUAUGUCUACUUUGUCCAGAAGAAUUCUUUGAACAGACGGGAAAGAACUUUGCAUAUAGAAGCCUACAAUGAAACCUUCUCUAAUAGAGUCAUUAUUAACGAACGCUGCUGUUACACAGUUCAUCCCGACAAUGAAGACUGGACCUGUUUUGAACAGUCAGCAAGUCUGGAUAUAAAAUCUUUUUUUGGUUUCGAAAGCACAGUGGAAAAGAUUGCCAUGAAGCAGUACACCAGCAAUAUUAAAAAGGGAAAAGAAAUAAUAGAAUACUACCUGAAGCAGCUGGAGGAAGAAGGAAUAACUUUUGUUCCUCGUUGGACUCCUCCUGUUGCGUGUGAAUUGGAGAGCAGCACAUCCCACACAAGACGACCAGUUUCACCUGCCAUUAAUAUACCAGACUCUGCCACAAAGGAGGGCUUGAACAGUAAGGAGAUCCUCAACACCUCCGGCAGCCCCUCGGAGCCCACGGCAGGAACGCCUGAUGCUGACAAGCUAGAUGCAGACUACAUCAAGCGUUACUUGGGUGACUUGACACCAAUGCAGGAAAGCUGCCUCAUUCGACUGAGACAGUGGCUCCAGGAGACGCACAAGGGCAAAAUCCCAAAGGAUGAGCACAUUUUAAGAUUCCUACGUGCCCGGGACUUCAACAUUGAUAAAGCAAGAGAAAUCCUUUGCCAGUCGCUGACAUGGCGUAAACAGCACCAGGUAGACUAUAUUCUAGACACCUGGAACCCUCCUCAAGUACUCCAAGAUUACUAUGCAGGCGGCUGGCAUCACCAUGACAAAGAUGGUCGCCCGCUGUAUGUGCUGAGAUUGGGACAGAUGGAUACCAAAGGCUUAGUGCGAGCUCUUGGGGAAGAGGCCUUGCUUCGAUACGUUCUUUCAAUAAAUGAAGAAGGACUGAGGCGAUGUGAGGAGAAUACGAAAGUAUUUGGCAGGCCAAUAAGCUCUUGGACCUGUCUAGUAGAUCUAGAAGGCUUGAACAUGCGGCAUUUAUGGAGACCCGGUGUCAAAGCAUUGCUAAGAAUCAUUGAGGUGGUUGAAGCUAAUUACCCUGAGACUUUGGGUCGUCUUCUAAUCCUAAGAGCGCCUCGAGUAUUCCCAGUUCUUUGGACGCUGGUUAGUCCAUUCAUUGAUGACAACACUAGAAAGAAAUUCCUUAUUUAUGCUGGAAAUGACUACCAGGGUCCUGGGGGACUGCUGGAUUACAUUGAUAAAGAAAUUAUCCCUGAUUUUCUUGGUGGAGAGUGCAUGUGUGAAGUACCAGAGGGUGGGCUGGUUCCCAAGUCCCUCUACCGGACAGCAGAAGAGUUGGAGAAUGAAGACAUAAAACUUUGGACUGAAACAAUCUACCAGUCUGCGAGUGUCUUCAAAGGGGCUCCACAUGAGGUUCUCAUUCAGAUUGUGGAUGCCUCAUCUGUGAUCACAUGGGAUUUUGAUGUGUGCAAGGGUGACAUUGUUUUUAACAUCUUUCAUUCCAAAAGAGCCCCACAGCCUCCUAAAAAGGACUCUCUGGGAGCGCACAGUAUUACAUCUCCUGGUGGGAACAACGUCCAGUUGAUAGACAAAGUCUGGCAGUUGGGGCGUGAUUACAGUAUGGUGGAGUCUCCCCUUAUCUGCAAAGAAGGGGAAAGUGUGCAGGGAUCGCAUGUGACCAGGUGGCCUGGCUUCUAUAUUCUCCAGUGGAAAUUUCAUAGCAUGCCUGCCUGUGCUACAACCAACCUGCCUCGUGUGGAUGAUGUACUAGCAUCUCUACAGGUUUCCUCUCACAAAUGUAAAGUGAUGUACUAUACAGAAGUAAUAGGAUCUGAAGAUUUCAGGGGAUCUAUGACCAGCCUUGAAUCAAGCCACAGCGGAUUCUCCCAGCUCAGUGCUGCCACCACCUCUUCUAGCCAGUCCCAUUCCAGCUCCAUGAUUUCCAGGUAGUGCCACAACAGAUGAAAAGCAAAUGGAUGAGAUGGCUGGACCCUCGCCUGUGGCAGCUGACUGCAAUACAGCAUAUUCAACUGGCAAUUGUGCAAAAAAACCCCACCCCACAAAAGCCUUUUAUAGAUAGUAAAGUAGCUGUUUGAAUUUUAAACUUAGUGAUUUUGGUCCUUGUUAGAUCCAACAGCUUGUCUCUUAACUUUAACCCUUUUUCCUAACUCAGCCAUAAAUAUUUUUGCAAGUGUGCUUGCACAAAUCCUAACUCUGAACACAAGGGCUCUCACUGAAAGGAAAAAUAACCAGUGCAUCAGUUAAGAAUGAUUUUUUUAACUGUGUAAAUGUUAAAAAGCAAAAAAAGAGAAAAACCCUACCAAAAAUGCUCCGUAGUGCAUUAGAGAUCAACUGCAAGUCUCCUGUCAGGACAUUCCUUGCCAUCUUAAGAAAUCCCCUGUGGUCUACCAGUGCUGCAAACUGUUCUCCCAUUGCCACUAAGUGAUGUCCGAGACAAAGAAGAGCAGUUGCUGGAUACUUGACUUUGUGAGUCCAUUUUUUUCAAAGCAUGCCCACAGAGCU